AUGUCCACAGAUAUCUUCAAAGUCACGGAACAUACUGCGCCGGCAGGCCAUAUCCGGGAAUAUCCCGGAAGCACUGCUAGAAGUCAGGAAGAGGUCUUAUCAUUGCAUGUCAAACAAUACACGCCGCUGGAUCAAGGCCAUACCAUACCCACCGAUGCCAUCACUGUGAUCGCGACUCAUGCUUGUGGUUACCCCAAGGAACUCUAUGAGCCCCUCUGGGAUGAGAUCUAUCACCGGUUAAAACAAAAUGGUGUCCAUAUUCGAAGCAUAUGGAUGGCAGAUGCCCCAAACAUGGGCAUGAGUGGUGUACUCAAUGAAGACAAGAUCAGCCUUGACUAUUCGUGGGUAGAUUCUGCCCGCGAUUUACUUCUGAUGAUCAAUCACUUCCGCAACCAGAUGCCACGGCCUCUUGUUGGAAUCGGUCAUAGUUUUGGGGGGAAUAUUCUCGCCAACCUUGCACUCAUGCACCCGCGCCUGUUUACGACCCUUGUCUUUCUCGAUCCUGCCAUCAUGCCCAGAGCGACCCAGAGGGGGAUCGGUAUUGACCCGCCCGGCGCCGUCAACUAUGCUCUUUGGCGACCCGACAUUUGGCCAAACAGAAAAGCAGCGGCAUCGGCUCAUGCAAAGACAUGGCAGCACUGGGACCGUCGCUGCUUCGACCUGAUGGUCAAGUUCGGCUUCCGUGACCUCCCCACCGCACUGUAUCCCACCAUCCCAGAGGGCGCAGAUCAUUCCGAGCCACCGGUGACUCUCACCACAACUAAGUACCAGGAAGUCGCAGGCAUGUACCGUCCUAAUUUCUCGGCUCGCACGGCAGACGAGAAAACUCAGAUUGAUCGCUCUGUCCACCCGGAUAUGGAUCCUACUAACGUUAACACAAUUGUUUAUCGCCCUGAAACUCGCAGCACAUUCUCAAAGAUCCACCAUUUGAGGCCCUCUGUGCUCUGGAUUCUGGGAGCGAAAACAUUUCUUGGCAUUGACAACCUCCGCGAGGCCAUGAGGCCUGCGGCGUGGGGGUCGGGGGUAGUGGUGGUAUCUCCCAUGGCCAGGUCAAAGAAAUGA